UAGUUCGCAUAAUUACUUUGAUAUAUUGUGUUGUUUCAUUUAUAGCUUCUACGACCCAUUUUCUCGAUCACCUACACCUGUUCAAUUUCGUAAUUGGCUAAACACGCGUAGUGAAUGCUCUCAAAAAUAAACUCGAGUGACACGUUCUUGGGUUGAAAUCGACUGUGGCAGUUCGCUCGUUUUUUAGAUUUUGAAAAUUUUCAAUCCCAAUAAGCCCCUGGGAUUGAAAAUUUGUUCACGUCACCAGGGGCUUUGUAGGUCAUCCAUUGUGUCGUUGUUGAACAACAACUCUAUUUUUUUAGUGUAGAUCUGAUGUGGUCAAGAUGUCGCCAAGUGUUGAUGAGAAGUGAUGAUGGUGAAGGGGGGUGGGGGUGAGUGCCGACCCCCUUCUCAGUGAUGGGGGAGGUGGGGGAAAGUUCACCUCCAGGGUCCUGUUGGAGCCGGCAGUGUAAAGACACGAAUAUGUUUCUCAGAAAUUGACGAAAGUUAUCAGACGUUGUUUUAAUUAAUAUUCAGUUUAAUUAGUACGUGUUUUACCUCAGUUCUGUAUAAGGCUACUAGAACAUUGAUUUUAUAUAUCAUCAGCCGAUCUUCGUUUAUUCGAGUCGCUCUCGUCAACUGCGUUACACUGAAAUUAUUCUUCGUCUUCUGUCGCUAAAGGAUCAACUGCCACGAUUUCGUGGCGUCUCUUCUUGUGUAAAAAUAUUCGAUACAGAUCGUUAACAAGAUGGUGGUGUCGGAGGGAGCGAUCAGCAACAUCAUGGGUGGGAUGGAGAACACGGCCGGGGUGCGACUACAUUCUCACCGACACAAGCUUAAACAGAGGUUCGACAUCCUGCGUAAGCUCGGGCAAGGCACGUACGGCAAGGUUCAGCUCGCCGUCAACAAGGAUACGGGACAAGAGGUUGCCAUCAAAACCAUCAAGAAGGCCAAGAUAGAGACGGAGCAAGACCUCAUCCGCAUCAGGAGGGAGAUCCAGAUCAUGUCCUCUGUCCAGCAUCCGCAGAUCAUCCACAUCUACGAAGUGUUCGAGAACCGCGAGAAGAUGGUGCUGGUGAUGGAGUACGCUGCUGGGGGCGAGCUUUACGACUACCUCAGCGAGAGGAAGGUUCUGAGUGUUGACGAGGCUAGACGGGUCUUCAGACAGGUCGCCUCUGCCGUCUACUACUGUCAUAAGCACAAGAUCUGUCAUCGCGACCUGAAGCUGGAGAACAUCUUGCUUGACAUCGAGGGCAACGCUAAGAUCGCAGACUUCGGGCUGUCUAACGUGUUCGACGAGAAGCGGCGCUUAGACACCUUCUGCGGGUCUCCGCUCUACGCGUCACCCGAGAUCGUCAAGGGCGUGCCGUACGUAGGCCCUGAGGUUGACUGCUGGUCGCUGGGAGUGUUGCUCUACACGCUCGUGUACGGCGCUAUGCCCUUCGACGGCUCGAACUUCCGGCGACUCGUGAAGCAGAUCACACAGGGGGACUUCUACGAGCCUCCUACACCUUCCUCGGCGUCACCGUUGGUACGCAGCAUGCUGACCGUAGCGGCAGACCAGCGCGCCAACAUCACUGACAUCUGCCGGCACUGGUGGGUCAACGACGGCGAGGCAAGGAGCUGCUACGACGAAGCUGAGGCCCUAGCCAACCAGACCCCCGUCAGGCUAGACCUGCUCCUGUCCCUGGCACCUAAACACAUCAGCAGCGAGCACAUGCUUAUACAGCCCGAGGAUGAGGAGGCCAGCGCUGCGCUUCCCGCACCGCCAACCACGACAACCAAUGGACCGCAAGCCACGCGGUCGCUGUCUUUAGGCGCCUUAUCGUCGGCCACCAGAGACGACCACUCGUCGGUGUCGUCGGCAGCUCGUCGGGAAGACGACAAACGUCGUCGGGAGUCGGAAGCGCGCACCGGGGGCGUCAAAAAAAGGAAAGAAGGCACCGCGUCGCCAGGAUCUUCAGUGAAGCCCGUCGAAACUGGCGAAGGAAAGCGACCUCCGACCGGCGCCGCUGAGGAGAAGAAGAAACCCAAGAAGAAAGUUUCAAAAGAUGAAACUGCCAGCGAGAAAACUGAGAAGAGAAAGAGUGUAAAGAACAAAGAUUCCGAUGGUGUGUUGAUGGAGAUCGAUGAAAACGCUGAACCUGUGACUACCAAAAAAAUCGAGCCGUCGGUGGACAAGGAGCCGAGCGUCGGAGGUGAAACCGACAAAAAAACAAGUGGGAGUAAUAAAGAGUUACCAGUUAGUCCAGAAACCGAGCCCCCAAAACCCUCUGAGAAUAGUGAAAGCAAGUCUAGAGACGAGUCACAAAUGUCGAGUAUUACCAACAUGGAGACCGCUUUAGACGAAGACUCCAGAGAUGUGACACCCAAAGCGAUUACGCCGGAGCUGGAGUUGUCGAACGACAUCAGCAAAAACAGUCACACAGAGGCCGUAAUUUUAGAGAAUAAGGCGUUAAGCAUCAAGUCCCCUAGCAAUAAGUCCGUUAUUUCUGCGGUGUCCACUGACGGAACCUUGAAGGCUUCCGAUUCCUCGAUAUCUACAAGACUUUCUCCAAGUCCACCUAAGUCUGUGAUUGAAGUUCCUAUUAAAACAUUCAAGUCUUCGGCCGCCAAGAAGUCUGCCUCAUCCACGCCGAGUAAACCAACUGUUACUUCAGAGGAACUUACUAAGGCCCCGUCUGCUGCUAAAAUACUAUCGAAACCUGUGUCUGUUAGCAAAGUUUCCAAAACUUCGUCAGUUACUAAAGUUUCUAAGAACGAUUCAUCCUCAAAAGUUGAAACUCCUUUGAGCAACGGCAGUUGCAACGAGAUAGUUCCUCCCGAUACCGAUGAGUUGCUUAAAGAAACUGCCUCUAAAAUAAAGGAUACAUCAAAGAAAAAGUCAGAAACCGACUCAAUGAAGAAAGACUCUGAAGUCGCCGAAUCUAGCAAAGAAUCCAGCCAACAUUCCUCAGUCGUAUCGACUCCUGCCAGAAGUCGAACCGGCUCUGAAUCUUCCAACGAAGCUCGCCCUGGCAAGCAAGACUCUAGUCGUCGUGGUUCGAAGAUCUUCUCUAAAGCUGCGAUGUGGGACAGCAUGUGUCAGCAAAGUGAUAAACCUCCUCCUGCUGCCACUGACAAAACACGUAAAACUCCUCGGCCUGGUGGCCUCAAUAUGUCUGAUCUCACUAAGAAGUUCGAAGAAAAGCCUUUGCCGGAACGCAAGAAACCUGUGGUUGGCUCAUUCAAGAUAUCCGACGUAAAAAAAUCUUUCGAGAAUAAAUCCACCGAAAAAGUCGGAAGUGGAUUUCGGAGAACAUCGUCGGACAGUAGCGGAGAAUCCCGACGUGAUGGAUCUUUACCCACGUCGCCGACGAGGGUUGGGGUGAGUAAAGAAGCUUCGCUACCUCCUCCUGGAAAACCUGUCAGAAAACCCGACUCAGAUGCCAAGAAAGAAAGCACGCAAGAAAAGACUUCUGAAAAACCUAAAAGUCAGACAACAGCUUCUGGUGAAACUCUUGAGGAAGAGAAAAAACCAACGAAGAGCCAAGUAUUGCCGACGAAAGAGGUCGUCGCGAAAGAGAAAUCACCCGUUAAAGAGGUCCGAAAACCUACCUGGGAGGUUAGGAAAGAGUCAACGCCUUCCAAAAGAUCUUCACCUGUCAAAGACAAAGCUAAACCGUCCGUGGUUUCGACCAAAAAGAGUUCAAUCACUUCUGCUUCUUCCACUAGAGAUGUAGCGACACCAGACGUUGAACGAACUCCACCAACUCAAGAAACUAAAAAACCCAAGCCUAAGCCUUCCACGAAAGCGGAAUCUUCCGAAUCUUCUGACUCGGAAUCUGAGGCUGAAAAACUCCUUCGUCAGUUGUCUGAAAGACGAGAGCUCGUCGAAGCCGCAAAAAAAGAGAAGCUGCGGAAAGUUUCUCAACAGAACGACGAAGCCCAAGACUUAUCACCAACCAAGGAUAGGGUGCAGAGGCUCUGCAUGGUCAACAAGGAUCAUCAGAUGGAAAAAAGUGUCUCUGAACCGGUGUCGGAAAAGUCGGAGGAAAUUGUGAAACCUGUUAAGCCGGACUCGAUACCCUCGGCCAGCAUGAUCACGGAUGCGGAGCAGCCUGCUGGGGCUAAAUCCGCUACUUUACCGCGGGGAUUCAAGACCAAACAAACCGAGAAACCGAAACUGGUCCCGCAGGAGUGCUCUACUCCUCCUGUACUCCUCAAGCAGAUCACUGCUAUACCUCCCUCGCAAGUGCUCUCUCCGUCUCCUCGCUCCGUGGACGAAGAGAUUCCAGUAAGCCGCAAGAGCACCGCAGUUCUCGUACUGAGUCCCGUGGCGGCUAGAGAGGCCACCGCCCCCGACUCUAAGCGUCGCUCGUCGUACGCUGAAAUUCAUCUCACAGCCGCGCCAAAACCGGAGUACAAGUCCGAGGUUCGCCACAACGUAGCACCGGUGCUACGGACCACUCCUUCCGUCCGACGCCCGUCGCCCCCCAAGGUCUCGUCCGCCGGCGACGGUAUAUUACAAAGGGCGCCUCGUGAACGAAUAAUCCCUAUCAUGCUUGAGGACCAUGAUGACGAUGACAGAUCCACGGGUAGCGACGAGCGACAACGAAGUAAAAAUUCGUCGAGUGCGAGCCUCUCUCGCGGCGGAGAAACGUUCAUGCAGAGCCCGCUGUUCAAGAGCCGCGCCGUCCCCUCGGCCGGGGUGUUCUCGGGACGCUCGGGGUCCCGUGGCACCCUCGGCAUCCAGGCAGAGCCCCCCGUGGGGGCCUCGCCUGAGCCCAUACGGAAAUCCCGUCGGGAGCGCAUCAUCCCCAUCAGCCUGGAGGGGGAUGACGAGGCUACCUCCCCCCCUCCCCUGGACCCCUACUCCUCACCCCCAACCCCCUCUCAACAUCAGUCUUCUACUGAACAUAGUCGCGCAGGUCGCACCGUGCCCAUCGAGCGCCCGGAGAGCCUGAGCUCCAACGACGAAGACGACGAAGAUGAAGAAGAUGGCUUCCAAAUCCUAACAGCUGAGUCGCUUUUCUCGACACUGCUCAACCGCAUGCGUAACCUUACUAAGAAGAUGAGUCAGGAUGACCCACGUGGUCGACGUAUUCACCAGCCGCUGGUGCCUAGUUCGCCCCUGGGGUUUCAGUUCACGACGUCGCCUUUCAGUAGCGGUGGUUUACACGGCAUCCACAGCGCGUCCUCGCUGAAGCAACAUGAUUCCUUUGGUAGCAAUGACCCAGGGUCUGGUUUUUGGUCAUCGCUUUAUUCCUCGCCGAGGGAGCUAAGUAGGGGUGGACAGCAAGGGUACGGGUACGAGCCGUACCACAAUGCCGACAACCAACGCAAUGAUCAGGGGAGUAUAACAAGUUCCGUGUGCUGUAACAACCAACAAAUUCUUCACUGCCAAACUCCCUCCAUAAGCGGUUCACAAGGUUGGAGAGCUCGUCUGUCAUCAGACGAAACAGGAACAAGACGAUCUGCUCGAUCAUCAGACGGAACAUUGCCUCAGCGCUCUGGAGUCACGUCACGGGUUGGGGAAGGGACUGCAAGUGAGGCUAGUCGAACAAUUCUAGGAAACGCAGGCAGAAGAGAUGAAGGUCUGGACUAUUCGGGGGAAGCCAAUGGGCGGGUUGGUGGGAUUACUGAGCAGCCUCUACCGGCUGCUCAGUUGGCUUCCUCAAGGACUAUUGUGGGUGCUCGCGACCCACGUAUCAAACAGCCUUCGGUCGAUCUUAGUAAACCCAUUGCGAAACUAAUGGGUAGCUCGGUAUCUUCUUCGUUCUCGUCAGCCAAGAAUGUUCCCUAUGCUGUUAGUAGCUCAUCUAUAACCGUACCUAAACGAUCGUCGUCAGCAACGAUGGGUGUGCCGGGAGAAGCUAAGAAGCAACUUCAAAAACUCGUAGAAGAGCUUGAAGGUGCUAAUGAAGCCUCUGAUUCUACAACUCCUCCGCUUGUCAAGAGGGCUGGAACAGUUCAGCCAACUCCCACCAACAGUUCUUCAGUGGUGUUUUGUAGCUCGAGCGUUAAAUCGACUUCCAUUCCUCCUACGGCAACUGCGGUUAACCAUACUUCAGAAAAUGAAACCAAAGACCUCGUUCAUAAGCCAAUUUUGAAAUCAGAGUCGGCCAGUAAAACUGGUUCAAAAUUUAAUUUACCAGAACCUGUGACGAAAAUUAACUCUGAUGGAAACGAAGUUAGACGGACGACGUGUUCGAUAGCGCAAUCUUCAGAUGAAAAGCGUGAAACUCGACCUGAAAUGGAUAGUCAAAUGUCGAAUCGAAAUAUCCUCGGUAAUGGCCACAGGGAGUCGAUGAACAACUUGACGACUGCUAACAAAUCAAGAUCGGAAAUCCCGAUCACUGUUAUGGAAUUAGAUUCCAAUGAUGUGAUGACUCAAUCUCUUCCUCCUGGCGCAGCGUCUUCCGUGUUGAAUACUAAUAUAAUUAAUCGCUAUUCCGUGGGAUUUGAAACUUCAUCAAGCCAAAACGCGACUAGUUCUAUCACACCUCAAAAGCAAGCCGUCUCUGGGUCUUUGAGUUUGCCCGUAUCAACAAAUAUUGGAAUAAGCGUCAGUUCUUCUAACAUUAGCUUAAUCGAUACUCCUAAAUCGUCGAGUCUGCUAAAGCCAUCGGAUUCCUCGUCAUCUGUGCGAAGCAAGAGGACGUCGCUUUUGGUCGAGCCGCAUAAGAAAUUAUUUCCGUGGGAUAAUACGGAAAACUCGAGGACUUCCACUGAACUGACAGUCCCUGCGUUGACACGACAGAAAAGUUUACUGACGCCGUACCGACGUGGAAAAUCUGAAGAUUUACGUUCGGUGAUCGAUACAGUUAAAACUGAUUCGUCUUUUGAAAGGUACAAGAAGGCCGCUGCUGCUGCAUCUUCGAUUCCUGACCAACCAACCAUCAGACCCUACCGUGGAAGUCGCUCUAGAGAACUAAACCCUACCAUCGAGGCUGCCAGCGAAAAAAUAAUGCAGCCGAACCCAAGUAAUUUGAAAAAGAUAUCGCCAUUUGAAGCUUAUCGGCGCAACAAGUCAAAAGAACUUGGGGCCACAAUUGAACAACUUCAAAAGGCGCAGCUGCAGCCCCAGAUCGGUUCUAAAUUGAACCUCUCAUCGGGUGAAACUAGAGCCAGGCUGACUUCACCCCCUCCUCCAGGCCUCCCUCAGUCCCCAACUUCGAUAGCACGGCUGUCUUCACCUCCGCCACAACCGGCCGUCAAACAGGCGAUGAAUCCAGAAACUCAACCAAGAAAAAUAUCAGAAAAUUUACCAUCUUCUAUGAAUACUCAAGAAUCGUGCAACAAUUCUUCCCAGAAUGAACGGCCUUUGAGUCCUGGAGUGUCUGUUUGUUCAAACUCCCCGGUAGAAUUUGCAUCGGGCCUUGCAAGUCCCGUUUCAUCUGAUCCUCCGUCUAAUAGAAAUUCUCCAAUAGUUACUCCCAACGAACCUCCACCAACGGUCGACACUGAUUCUGCUUCAUGCGUAAUUUCGAAUAGUAGCGCCGUGCCUCGUGCCAAAACUCCUUUCGAACGAGCCAAGAGCAAAAUCGAGAGGAAAAUUGAUCGAGCCAAAUCUCCUACAUUUUUUGUCGAUGUAAUGCCCAACAAAAUCAAUCAAAAUGAAAAUAAUAUAGACAUAGCCACCAAAAAUAUGUUGCAGAAUGAGAUAAAUUCUGGUGAUUGGUAUACCGGUCGAGAAAUGGCACCUGGCAAAGAAAACGAUAUCGGUAAAAAAGUUAUUCCCGUUGAACCAGAAAAACCAAAAUCUAUGUACAAGAAAUUCACGUCAAAGUUCAGUAAAUCGGCCACUAAUGUUGCUGAAGACCCAUCUGACCCACACGAAAACGCAGAUGAAAAAUUCAAGUUAAAAAGGCCUUCUAUUUUUAUGAAAAGUAAGAAUGACCGAAGUGAGAAAAGCCCUCCCCAUUCAAGUGUUGCAGAUUUUGAUGAGCCGACGGAAAAAAAGCCAUCGAAGAAACUUUCCGACGCUCUCAAUAAAUUUUUAGGUCGAAAAACAGACGAAGCUCCACGAACAAUUCAACCAGUUCCCUCCAAACCGCCGUCCGAAAUGUCUCCCGUUUGUGCCCCUGACUUGACAAGGUCCGAAAGAGAACUGAAAAAGCCUUCAAGAUAUCGCUCAAAAAUCAUUUCAAAAAGCCAUGAGAAUCUGAAUAAAUAUUCAGACGAGGAAAUGAAGUCUAUUCUUGGCACAGAUUCAGGGAAUGACCCCAAUUUUACAAUUGAAUCAGUUACGAAAAGUAUUUGUGAUCACUUAACUCAGUUGGAGAGCGAUAUCACCUCAAGAAUUGGUUCCAUGAGCAACCUCUCUACCUCUGAGGCGAUGAAAGGAGGUAUAGGCGUACAACAAAACCGCCCGAGUGUGACAACAAGUGCAGCCAACUCGUUAAACUCUUAUGGAUAUUCGCCUGCUCUGUCAAGUCGUAGAAACACGUCAUCGGCUGCGCCGACGCGGGCUUCGUCUCUGAUUAAGACUUCUUCUACAAAAAUAAUUACGCCUCCAAGCAGAGAAAUCGCGGCUGCUAUUACCUCAACAAAUGUAGAAAAUUCGGCUCCGUCUCAGCCGUGCGUCGCCACUCCUUGUCCAACUCAACAGUUACCCACUCAUCAAAGCGAAGAACCGAGAAAGAGUUCUGAUAUCAAAGAUACGAUAAGAAGUACCUCCGAGGACACCCGUUGUUUCUCACCCACAAGCUGGUGCAGCGACAGCGUAACUUCAGCACCUGACGAGCUACAAGUACUGAGCGACGAUGAAGAGGAAAGCGUCAUGGACCGCAUUACUCGGAAGAGCUUCUACUCGCGCUUCCAAGACGGGAAGCGGGCGCGAUCGAAAGUAUCACAGCCUCUUACAAAAUUUGCUGAGGACCAGCAGCUUGCUGCUGCCAAAGCCCGCCUUAUGGAAGACGACAGGAAACAACGCGAGUCUAUGAGUCCAAGCCGAGCGAUGUCACCGAUGUCUUACACUCGCACAUCCAUUGGCUCGUCCAUUCCCGAGUGGGAAAACUCCCUUCAUAGACGCAACAGCAGAAGUAGUGUUUCACGUACUACUUCCCUUCCAAUCUCUGAUUACGAUCCCAGACUUGUCAGCUCCUCGGAUGACUUUAGUUUUUCCUCCUCGGUUAGAGAUAUGGGACGCAGCAGCGUGUCGAGAGCCGCUGCUGCAGGCGCCGCUGCUGGAGCGGCUGCUGCUAGCUAUCAGGCUCCUGAUAGAGAAUCAUCAAUUUCCCGGCGAGCGGCAGUAGCUUCGACGGAGUCGGUGCUUGCAGGAUAUAGAAGUGAGGUCACAGACUCAACGUUAUCUCGACUGAGGAGUACAUCUCCUCCUAAGGCUGUAUGGAGUCAUCCACUUCACGAAACCGUCGUGAGUUCGGCGAGAGAUGAACUCAGUCGGAGACUCACUCCUCUGACGCGUCUGGCUAGUUCCAGGGAACCCAGCAUCCGACCCUACCGCCGAACCACCACGACUGGAGAUAUCAACUAUAGUUCAAUUUCUGAACCAUCUUCUACCUCUACCCGCCCAUCAGUAUAUCGAAGAACCACUACCACUGGAACCUGCGAACUGCCUCAAGAGACUUCUUCUACUCUACCGCGACCGUCGUAUCGGCGCACGAGCACCAUGGACCUCCCUGUCGCGGAUCCAGCCAUCAACCGUCCUUCUGACUUCCGUCGCCUAUUACAGCCUGUCAACAGGCGAUACUCAACCGCAAGGAUCUCUGGAGGUGGCGAUUCUACCGCCUCACCCUCCGGCAAGUGUUCGUCGCCCGACAGAACAUUGAACUCUCCUCCUUCUAGUACUUUAGCGAGAACGAGCCCUUCAAUUUCCGAUCAUUUAUCUAACAUUGGUUCAUCCAUACCAAACAGUUUGUCAAGAAUUAGUUCCCCAACUACUGACAGUCUGUCUAAAUUAAAUUCGCCAGCAUCGGACACACGGUCAAGAAUCAGCUCUCCAACUUCAAACCAUUUGUCAAGAAUAAGUUCGUCAACUUCUGACAGUUUAUCAAGAUCGAGAUUUUCGUCUGAUUCGUCUCUUCGAUCACCAUCUAUAAUUUCUUAUGCAUCAACUCGGGACUCGAUAGCAUCAACUGGAGAUUCAAUUUACGGCAGAACUGGCAGAGCAUCAGCAGCGGUAUCAUCUUACAUCAACUCUGCCACAUCUGGUAUCACAUCCUCAUACGUACCGAGGCGAAGCUCAUUGUAUCGAUACUGAAUCAAUAAAAAGAAUGAUAGAUCAAGUUUUAGUGGAACUUCUCUGAUCCAUUUUCUUGGUUGCAUUUUCUACAAAGAUUCCCUGGACAAGGAUAUAGGACAGAAAUGCUUGCUGAAGAUUUACUAUACGAAGAGAGAACAGGCAAAGUACAUGGCUUCUCUUAUGGCGUGUUCUGCCAGUUCGCUGAUCUAGGAUCCUACAAGUCUCACAGAUAAAAAGUGUCAUCGAUGUCCCUUCUACGAAUUUGUGAAAAUUGCAUACAUGAGCGUAUGGAUACGGACAGAAAUCAUCGUCACUGGAUUGAAUAAAUCCGUAACUUUAUUUUUCAUACAGUAUAAUUAUUUCGAUCAUAUCAUUUUGGUUACCGAAUUGCCACUACAAGGUGCUUCAAAUUUAGUGCUUCUCUGCCAAGGGAAUUAAAAGCCAGGACCCUGCCACGUCAGUUGGGCAGAGCCUGACGUGUACUCCCCACAACUCCUUCGUCUCC